GAAACCACCCUACCUUCUGAAGUCAUUCAAUAGGAGGAGUCAUGAAUUGCAGAAGUUUGAAUACAGUUUUACUUUCUGCUUCCUAAUCUACAUGUCACCUACUUCAUCAGUAGCACUCAGUUAAGUUAAAAAUCUAGCAUGCUAUAAGGAAGCACUUAGCUUGUCACUCAUUUCAGAAUGUUACAUAGUACUUUUCUCCGUUUCUGCAUGUUAAAAUUGUGUUUCUUCAUCUGUUUGAUGUACUGGGCGGAAUCAGAUGGGGAGGAAAAAUGUCCUGAAUUUACAGAUCUUAAUAUACGCUAUGCUUUAUCUGGAACAGAACUUCAAGUCCAGCUACUGCUAUACACAUGGGAAAAUCAAAAUUGUUCUGAGAGACUCAUUGAACAUAAUGUUACUGCAUCUAAGUAUCUUAAUACCUCCAAGAAAACUGUCUUUGUUAUUCAUGGCUUCAGACCAACAGGGUCUCAACCGGCGUGGCUAGGUGAAAUGAAGAAGCUCUUACUGUCUUCUGGGGAUAUUAAUCUCAUUAUAGUUGAUUGGAAUCGUGGUGCUACAACUGUGAUUUAUACAACUGCUGUUGCCAACUGCAGAAAAGUUGCAGAAAUAUUGAAGAACUAUGUUGACCAGAUGCUGGCAGCUGGAGCUUCUCUUGACUCUAUGUAUAUGAUUGGUGUUAGUCUUGGGGCUCAUAUUGCUGGUUUUGUUGGACAAAAGUAUAAAGGCAAACUUGGCAGAAUUACAGGUCUUGAUCCAGCAGGCCCUUUAUUCACUAGAGUACUACCAGAGGACAGAUUGGAUCGUACUGAUGCACAAUUCGUUGAUGUAAUUCAUACGGAUGCUAAUGCACUAGGUUUCAGGAAACCUUUAGGAAGCAUUGAUUUUUAUCCAAAUGGAGGAAUGAAUCAGCCUGGUUGUCCACAAACUGUAUUCAGCGGUUUUCAGUAUUUUAAAUGUGACCAUCAAAGAUCUGUCUUCCUCUUCUUAUCAUCUUUGAAAAAGAAGUGCAACAUAAUAGCAUAUCCUUGUGCCUCCUACUCAGAUUACAAGAGAGGAAAAUGUGAUGAUUGUGAAGUUUUCCAACCACUGUCCUGUCCAGUACUGGGUUAUUAUGCUGACAGCUGGAAAAAACAGUUAAGUCUCAGGAAUUCACCAACGAAAGCUUUUUUUGAUACUUCAGAUGAAGACCCAUUCUGCACGUACAACUAUUUACUGGAUAUUACUACUUGGAAUAAAAGCAUCAGAAGAGGUUUCAUUAAAGUUAAAAUAACAGAUUAUGCUGGAAAUACAGUUGAGUCACAGAUGAAUCAUGAAGUGACGACAUUUCAGCAAUACAAAAGAGUCAAAAUAUUAACUGGAUUUUACCAGGAUUUUGAGAAAAUAUCCAAAAUUUCAUUGACUUUUUCUACGAAGACUUUAGUAGGCCAGAAAUACAAGCUUAAGAUUCUUCAGAUGAGACUGAAAGCUCUUAAUAAUCCAGAAAGGCUACAGCUGUGCAGAUAUGAUUUUGUACUAAUGGAGAAUACUGAACUGACCUUCAAACCUAUCCCCUGCCCAGAGAGGAGUACAUGAAGAGAGAGAGAGCUUCCACUAACAUAAUUUCUCUCAUGGAAAUGACAUUUUGAUUCUUCCUCAGGAUAAAGACUGCAACAAGAGGAAAUGAGAUAAGCUAGAUUUAUUUUCAAGAGUCUAUGUGGUAAUAUGUAUUACUUCCUUUUAGUGCCUUAGGGUGAAAUUCAUUGAAAUGUUCAGAUACCUCUGCAUUUCAGAAAUUUUAAUAAAAUAAAUGUAUCAUGGUAAAGAACA